AAAAAAGACUUUUUCUUUUUACGAUAUGGGCAAAUUUACUCCAAGAAAACCACAAAAACCAAAGGCACCUGCAAAGAAAAAGAAGGAGCCCGAAACUUUUGACGAGUUUAUGGAAGAGGCUCUUCAGUUUGAAGAACAAGGUGAAAGAUACCAUAGUGGUGACCGCUCUCAACGUAAUUAUGAAAGAGCUGCUGAUAUGUAUGGAAAAGCUUUUGAAGUGAAUAACCAAGAUGCGGAUUGUGUAUACAAUUGGGGUCGUGUUUUAUUCUUGCUUGUCAAUUUUUUGCCUUCUCAUGCUACACCCGAAGAAAAGCUCGAGAAACUAGAUCAAUCAAUCGAAAAAUUCAGAAAAGCAUUAGAUUUAGAAGCCAAUAAGACAGAUGCACAAUUCAACUUGGCACAAGCACUUCAUCAGCGUUCCGAGAUUCUUCAAGAUACAACUGAAGUUGACAACUCUUAUGCUGCUUCUGCCAUGGCAUUGCAAGAAGCUAUUUCAUUGUUUGAUAGCGUUUAUGAUUUGCAAGAAAAAGAAUAUUUGGAUCUAAAUGAACCUGAUUCACAACAAGAUAUGUCGGCACCACAACAAGAUAUGUCGGCACCGCAACAAGAAGAAGCAGAGGAAGAAGAGAGUAAACCAGAUAACGAUAAACAAGAAUUUACUACGGUAACCAAAGUGGAAGCAACAACUCCCUAUUCAUUGAUAGAGACAUUGUUGUCUACAGCAGAAACAAUGACAACCAUGGCUUCUAUGCUCGCUUCAUUCCCUGCAUCCAUGGACUUGUUCAGUAAAGCCAAAGCUAAGCUUGGUCUAGCUGAAAAAUGGCUAGCCAAAAUUACUUCCACAGAUGAUGAAGAAAAAAAAUUAGCGCGCAUUCAAAUCAACCUGAAAGAAGCAGCCACUUAUGCAGCUAUGGCAGAUCGUUCAUUUGUUGCUUCGAGUACAGUCGACAGCAGUUUAUUUGAAAAGGCUAUUGAACGACUCGAUGAAAUCGUUGAACAAUAUGAUUCUCGUCAUGUAGAAGCCAUGUGUGAUCGUGGUGAUGUGUUGACAUCGUAUGGACAAGCUAUUGAAGAAGUAGCCAACAAAAAGAAUUUACCACUUGUGCCUGAAAAAGACGGAAAAGAAGUAUGGCAAUUAUAUGCCUCUGCUACUAAGUCGUUCCAAAGUGCAUUGACAUUAGAGCCCAAGAACUUGAGAAUUCUCAACAAAAUGGGUGAUUUAAGUUUGAUUCGUGCACGCUUAGAGCUGCCUGUUGCUGAAAGAAAUAGACACCAACUACUCAAGAAUGCUGUAUUUUAUUUCAAGCAUGCAGUUGAAGUAGAUAAAGAAGUCUUGACAAGCGGGUAUCUUGGUUGGGCCAUGAGUGAAUGGGCACUAGAGGAAUGGGUAGAAGUUGCUGGUAAGAAAGAGGACGCACUCAAGAUUAUUCGUGUCUGGAUAAAGCGUGGUGGUCAUGGCUCUUUGUUUAGAAGUUUAGCCGAAGAUAAUGAGACUUGGGAUCAGGAGUUUGUUGAAUUUAUUAUAGAGAACUUUUUUGAUGACGAAUCAGAAUAAACACAAAAUUUAGGUUAAAAGUUUAAUCAAGGUUUCUCAUACCAGAUGAAAACCUGGGGUAAAGUAGAUGCUACUUUUUUUUUGAAAUCAAAAAUAAGUCUAUCUUCACAUUAAAAUGGUUAGUUG